GUUGAUUCUAGCUUCAACUUUGUUUUCUCGCUAGCCAUGUGUCGUCAGUGUUCCUUUUUUUGGGGAUUCUGAUUCUCAUCCACAGAUGACCGCAGAUUCGGGACGGGAUCGAGAUGUCUGAACUCUUGAAGCGCUCGUUUGCUGGCUUUGGCCGCACAGACUGCAAGCGACGACCAGACGAAAGAGGGGUCCGACCAAAAGAAGCAACUCAGCGUGUGCUUGGAGAGCUUUGAUUGGUGAGUAUGAGUUUCCACCUGCAGACUGUUCUUCUCCGCUUUGGACCCGUUUUGACAGUGCGCUUAGCAAAAAGCUUACUAGAUGCACCGUCAACUUCAGUUCCGUGUUUGUUCCAGUUCCCUUCCAGCUUUGAGACGCCUGGUUCCGUCAUGCCUCGCAAAGCGCAUAUAAGACGCCGGCAAUGAUGGGAUCACUCUGUUAUUUUAGGUUUACUUCACUAUCACUUUGAUGGGCCCUCGAUAACGUUGUUCAUCUGGUGGCAUCAUCAACCCUCUAGCGACGUCCAAGAGAAAAUAAUUGAAGAAGCGAUACGCCGACGCUGGAGGCGGGGCUACACUAGAUCGUGGUGGGAUGAGGCAAAUGAGGCGCAACCAGACGACGUAACCGUAGCAAUGGACCCCUGGAGGAUCAACCGACGGCAAUUGUUGCAAACGACCGACAUCGUGGGGCCGGGCUCUGGGGGCUGAGUGAACCGGAGUUUGUGGCGACAGGACGGGCAGAACUCAGAGAAGGACGAACGAGUCAACGAUGAUGGUCAGCAGCAGCCUCUGUUCCCGCUGUCCGGAACCCAGAUCAGCCUCCUCAAUGCGCUGCAGCUCUCAGCUGAUAGCGAUGACAAAGCGUGGAAUUGUUGAACUUUGCCAUUGUGAACCACAACGAACUGGGGUAUUAUUAGCAGGUGGACAUCCAACUUCUUCUUUUCUGUUGGCUGCCGGGCUGAAAACCUUACGUAGCAGUGCAGUUUUCGGAAAGACGGAGCGGAGAAAUGCCACUUUUUCCUUCCAGGCACACGCAUCUGCCUUUUUUUUUUUUUUUCAUUUUUUUUUCCUUCUGUGUUCAGUGGGGCAUCUUUGUUUUGGAAUUGAGAACGGUUCCGAAAGAGGUGGGGCACCCUCGUGAAUUUUCCGCUGAACGGUGCACUGCCAUUCGACC